AUGGAUGGAUCUCUGAGAGGCCUGGACACCAGGCCUAUGGAAGAGGAGGAGGAGGAGGAGGAGGAGGAGGAAGAGGACACCAGUACGGUGGAGCCUCAGCUGGGAGGAGUAACGGAGAAGACUAACGGUCGCUCCUCACAAAUCCUCUACGUGAUAACAUCCAGUCCUGGUAAACCGGACCACAACAUGCCAGGUCAGUGGGUCGGACCCAACGGUACCAACGGAUACACCUCUAAGUGGACCAUCUACACUCUGGCUGCUCUCCUGACUCUGACAGUCAUUGUCAUGGUGACCAAACUACUGCUUCAUGUCACAGUCAAAUCUCCCAACAUCCCGACCAUCAGUGGUUCAGAGAGCUGCAGCGGUCAGAGUUCUGGGUCUGAGCCCUGGAUCAUCCUUUACCAGCCCUCCACCAUCUCUCUUUUCAAGAAAAAGCUAAAGAACCACCACGGAGACCUCAGCCCUCUGGUGGGCAACUAGGGAACUGCAGUCUGGUAUACUACCGCCAUCACUACUGAACCCUGUACCAGGGCCUACCGUACCAGAGCUAGCAACAGAGCUGGCCGCCCCAAACCAAUGAGACUCCAUGGGGCACUGAGCUACAAAGCUAACAUGCUAACUAAUGACUGAUUCACUGACUCACUGAGAGACUACUACCAAAAUGGUCCAGACAGGGCUGUCUGUGUCUGCUGUGUACRAGGCAGGAGAGGAGAGGAGAUGUACAAACAGCUCAAGGUGGACAUUUUACUGCAGGGCACUCAUAUUCUUGGGGUUCUACUUCCAUUGUCUCUCCAUGGAUAUCUGAUAGAUUAUUGAAGUCGUCCUCUAAAGACAAGGGUUGGCUGGGGCCAAAUCAGAUUCCAGUUUCCACUGGACUCCUCCAGAAUGCAGGUCUUCCAUUGUAACUGUUUCCAAGUGGGGCACAAAAUGACAGACUACGCAUCUCUCCUCAUUUAAUAAUCUGCGAACAAGAAAGGGAGCCAUGCAUAUUCCCUGUCAGUGACUGUAACUGGUGUCUCACAUAGAAAAAGGGGGUUGAAUCCUGAUCGUUAUCAAGGGACGAGGACACCAACCCCGUCAUAUUACGGUACAUUUAACUCUAACUCAGUUAUGUAAGUACAAUUAAUACCACUAUGGACAAUCGGCAGUUAUUGAACCACAACAGCCAGCUAAGCCUGAAAGGGAUCCCCCUUUCCUCUCAGACAGCAAUGAGUUACCUGUAACUAUGGUGUGUUAUGUAGGCCAGUGUUUGAUAGAGAGAGAGAGAAGAGAGGUGAUUUACCUGUUCUAUCUGGAGCCAGGAGAAUGGAUAGCAUGAGUAAGUCAUAAAGAAAGAACGUGUGUGCAGCUGCUGCAUAUGUCUGGAUUGAAUAACCAAAUCAAAAAAAAGAAGACAUGCAUACAGAGAACAAAAUAACACUUCCUCACUCUCUCUCUAUGCCACGCUGCCUCUGGAGGAAACCAUGUCAGAAGUCUCUCCAAUGACUUGGGGUGGAUGGAGGGGGAGAGGGAAGUAGGAAGAGGGAAGUAGGAAGAGGGAAGUAGGAAGAGGGAAGUAGGAAGGAAACAGAAGGAGAAGAAAGGUAGAGGAGGGUGGGGUGUAAUUUAACAACUGCCGUUUUAAGGUCCCGAACGGUCAUACGGAUUCCCAUGUAAAAUAGCCUUUUGAGUGAUUAAAUAUGAAUAUCACCAAUAAUAUUUGUGGGGGGAUCGAAACACUUGCGGAUGGCUAACGACGAGGAAGUUUGAAACGCCUGUGUCAAGCAACGUGAAUACAGUGAGCAGUGUUGCAGUAACAUCAUCUCAAGCUAAUUUGGUGAAACACAAAACAACAUUGACAUUGCAUCAAUUAUGUUAAUUUUUUUGCACAUCUCCCGUUUGUCUCUUGUCUCUUGUGAUGCGAUCCACAGCAGAACUGACGRUUGUGUUGACAUGACAACUACAUCAGAGUUUUGAGCGUUCCAUGCUGGCUGAAAACCUAGCUAGCCAUUAACUAGCU